AUGGAGCCUGAGGGAGAACGUUCUUCGACUGAGAUUGGUAGCAAAUCACCUAUUGAACCUAAUUCGGAAUUGAACAAUACAUCAAAUGAAGAUAUCACACAGGAAGAACCUAUGAGACGGUAUAGUUUUAGAGAACGAAAAGAGAUAAAUUAUGGCGACAUUUCAAGCUCAGACUUAGAUCCAUAUCAUGUAAUUAUUCUUGUUAUUAAAGCAUAA